AGGAUAAGAUUCUGCUUAACUGCUACAGACAACGCAAAGACAGCCUCUUUUAAAGAAGUGCUUCACGUCGUUUCUUCUUUUCAAUGGGAUUCAAGGAUUCAAAGGUUACAGGAACUACUGUACGGAGAAGAGGUGGCAGGUUGGAGGUGGAGCUGGAGCUAAAGUAGGAACUGAUAGUUUGCCUGUGGACUCAUAUAGCCAGCAGGCAUGAGGCCCUCCGCAGCCUCUGAUCUGCCCAAACCUUUGGGAAUAUUCUCAGUUACUGGUUGUAGGGUGAUCUCUCAUCAAAAUAAGUUGGUCCUUGCUGUGGUUUUUGAUACUUUAAAAGGAUACCCUGAUGCCAUUUCCUUCUCUGAGACUGUGACUGUUUGAGGCAUCAAACAACCUUCACGUGGGCAGUUUCAAUCUGGCUGUGACUCCUCCAGUCUGGAUACAGCAUAUCUUCCAUUUUCAUUUGGAUUAAUUUUGGGGAUAGAGCUCUAAAUGCAGUUUUUGUGACAUAUGUCUGUUCAACUCCUCAAGGAUGGAGCUUCAAACUUUUAGUUUUGGUUAAACUAUCUAAGCAUUAAAGAGAGACAUUAAUAUGAUGUCUGCAGUUUCUGGUGCGGUAGAUUAUUUGGAUAGUAAAGAAAAACACCUUGCGAGGAAUUAGAUUUAUAAAGUUAUGGAAGCUGACUUUUACUUUCAGUAAAGUCCCAUUGCUCCUGUCAUACUAUUUUGUCCCUUUUCAUACUGCACCUGUGCCUCUUGUCAUUUAUAUCAUGGAAGUCCCAACCAAAUGGAGCAGAGCUAGUGUCAUCAGCUUCAUCAAAGGCCUUGCCUCUCCAGUGGGACUGAAGCCGCCAAUCCCCCCAGCCAGUGGAACUUUGGGAGAGAGGAAGGGUCCGGUCGUCAUGGCGCCUGUCAACGUAGACCCUGAGAGCAAGCCGGGCGAAUUUGUCCUAAAAAGCUUGUUUGCCAACUUCACCUUGCUCUCCGAACGCAAGAUUCGCAUCAUCAUGGCAGAGCCGCUGGAGAAACCACUUAACAAAUCACUGCAGAGAGGAGAAGACCCACAGUUUGACCAGCUGAUCAGCACCAUGAGCUCUCUGGCUGAGUACUGCCUGCCAUCCAUCCUGAAGACCCUGUUUGACUGGUACAAGAGGCAGAACGGCCUCGAAGAUGAGUCCCAUGAAUACAGACCCAGAGCCAACACAAAGUCCAAAAAUGACGAACAACAGAAGGACUAUUUGCUGGAGCGGAGGGAUCUGGCAAUAGACUUCAUCUUUUCUCUAGUGCUUAUUGAGGUCUUGAAACAGAUCCCUCUCCAUCCUCUUUUGGAUGGACUUAUCCAAGAAGUUGUCAACCUGGCCUUCAAGCACUUCAAAUACAAGGAAGGGUAUCUCGGGCCCAACACUGGCAACAUGCACAUAGUGGCUGACCUCUAUGCAGAAGUAGUUGGAGUUGUUGCUCAGUCAAGGUUCCCGGCAGUGAGGAAGAAGUUCAUCUCUGAGCUCAAGGAGCUGAGGCAGAAGGAGCAGAGCCCGUACGUCAUUCAGUCUACAAUCAGCCUCAUCAUGGGGCUCAAAUUUUUCCGCAUCAAAAUGUACCCUGUGGAGGACUUUGAAGCCUCUUUCCAGUUUAUGCAGGAGUGCGCGCAGUAUUUCCUGGAAGUGAAGGAUAAGGACAUCAAGCACUCAUUAGCUGGACUCUUUGUGGAAAUACUUGUACCUGUUGCUGCUACUGUGAAGAAUGAGGUGAAUGUUCCCUGCUUGCGAAAUUUUGUGGAGAGUUUAUACGAUACCACUCUGGACCUGUCCUCUAGGAAGAAGCACUCUUUGGCUCUGUAUCCUUUGGUGACGUGCCUGCUGUGCGUCAGUCAGAAGCAGUUCUUCCUCAGCCGCUGGCAUAUUUUUCUGAACAACUGCCUCUCAAACCUCAAGAAUAGAGACCCCAAGAUGGCACGUGUGGCACUAGAAUCACUCUACCGCUUGCUAUGGGUCUACAUGAUCCGGAUAAAGUGUGAGAGCAACACUGCAACCCAGAGCCGUCUGACGUCCAUCACCUCCACAUUGUUUCCUAAAGGGAGCCGCAGCGUUGUGCCCAGAGACAUGCCUCUCAAUAUUUUUGUCAAGAUUAUCCAGUUUAUUGCUCAGGAGAGACUGGAUUUUGCCAUGAAGGAGAUUAUUUUUGACCUUUUGAGUGUUGGGAAACCUGCCAAAGCCUUCAGUCUAAACCCAGAGCGUAUGAACAUUGGUCUGCGUGCGUUCCUGGUGAUAGCAGAUGCUCUGCAGCAGAAGGAUGGAGAGCCCCCGAUGCCAAACACAGGAGCUACUCUGCCAUCUGGAAACUCUUUAAAAAAGAAGAAAACCUAUCUCAGCAAAACACUGACUGAGGAGGAAGCCAAACUAAUAGGGAUGUCUCUGUACUACUCCCAGGUGCGGAAAGCUCUGGACAACAUCCUCAGACACUUGGACAAGGAGGUGGGUCGUUGCAUGAUGCUCACCAGUGUCCAGAUGCUCAACAAAGAACCAGAGGACAUGAUCACCGGCGAGAGGAAGCCCAAAAUCGACCUGUUUAGGACAUGUGUGGCGGCCAUUCCCCGUAUCCUUCCUGACAGCAUGUCCAAACCAGAGCUCAUUGACCUACUGUCACGGCUCACGGUGCAUAUGGACGAUGAGCUUCGACUCAUUUCUCAGAACUCUCUGCAGAGCCUGUUGCUUGAUUUCUCAGACUGGAGGGAAGACGUCCUGUUUGGUUACACACAUUUCCUUUUACGUGAGGUCCAAGACACCCAUCAGGGUCUCCAGGAUGCAUCCGUCAAGCUCCUCCUGCAGCUGCUCACACAGUGGAGGUUAGCUCUGCAGCUCCAGGGGAAGAUGCGAGGGGGAGCUGAUACAAGCCCCAGGCUUCCAGAACGCAGCCCUCAUUGCUCAGUGCUCCAUGCGGUGGAGGGCCUGGCUCUGCUGCUCCUCUGCUCGUGUCAGAUCAGCACGAGGAAGCUUGCUGUUGGUGUAUUAAGAGAAAUACGCUGCCUGUUUACAGCUCUGGGGCAUGCUGAGGAUGAUGACAAACCCAUGAUAGAGGUCAUGGACCAGCUGAGCCCAGCUGUAAUGAACAGUUUUGUUCAUGUGGCUCACUCUGACUCCUCAUUACCACUCAGCCAUCACGUUGACCUCCAGUCGCUCGUGGAGUGGUCGGCACGGCUGGUGAGCAGUUCCUACGACGUGAAGAGCCCCAGCUACGUCUGGAUCUUCGCACAAUGUGUGAAGGACCCAUGGGUGCUCUGUCUGCACAUCUUCCUGCGACAGGAGCACCUUCCCAAACACUGCUCCACCGCACUGGGAUAUGCAUGGCCCUACGUUUUCACACGGCUACAGCUGCUCCUACCACUGGUUGACCCUAACAGCCCAGUUAAUGCGAAGAAGACCAGCACCGCAGGCUCCAGCGACAACUACAUUUCACUGUGGCGUAAUUAUUUGAUCCUGUGUCUGGGUGUGGCCAAACCUAGCAUCAUGUCGCCUGGCCACCUGAGGGCUUCCACACCUGAGAUCACCGCCACCACCCCCGAUGGCAGUGUUACUUAUGACAACAAGGUAAUAGGAACUCCCUCUGUGGCCUGGCUGUUAAAACAACUAGUCCCACUGAUGAGAGCUGAGAGUCUGGAGAUCACAGAGUCUCUGGUGUUGGGGUUCGGAUGCACAAACGCUCUGGUCUUCAGGGAGUUGGUUGAAGAACUCCACCCAUUGAUGAAAGAAGCUCUGGAGCGUAGACCUGAGAAUAAGAAGCGCAGAGAGAGGAGGGAUCUCCUCAGGCUGCAGCUGCUGAGGAUUUUUGAGCUGUUGGCCAGUGCAGGAGUCAUCAGUGACAGCACUAAUGGGGCUCUGGAGCGGGAUUCCUUGGCACUAGGAGCAUUGUUCCUCGAGUAUGUGGAUCUAACCCGCAUGCUUUUGGAAGCUGAGAAUGAGAAAGAGCUGGAUGUCCUAAAAGACAUCAGAGCUCAUUUUAGUGGGAUGGUGGCUAAUCUCAUUCAGUGUAUUCCAGUCCACCACAGGCGCUUGCUCUUCCCUCAGCAGUCCCUGAGACACCAUCUCUUCAUCCUCUUCAGCCAGUGGGCCGGACCCUUCAGUGUUAUGUUCACUCCUCUUGACCGUUACAGCGACCGCAAUCACCAGAUCACUCGCUAUCAGUACUGUGCUCUCAAGGCCAUGUCAGCAGUUUUGUGUUGCGGACCGGUUUUUGACAAUGUGGGUCUGUCCACUGAUGGAUAUCUCUACAAAUGGCUUGACAAUAUCCUGGCCUGUCACGACCUGCGGGUGCACCGUCUGGGAUGUGAAGUGGUCAUCCUGCUUUUAGAACUCAACCCAGACCAAAUAAAUCUGUUCAACUGGGCUGUGGAUCGCUGCUUCACAGGAUCUCACCAACUGGCUUCUGGCUGCUUUAAGGCCAUCGCCACGGUCUGCGGCAACAGGAAUUAUCCAUUUGACCUGGUGACUUUGCUCAAUCUUGUGCUGUUUAAAGCCUCAGAUAGCAACAGGGAAAUAUACGAAAUCUCCAUGCAGCUCAUGCAGGUGCUGGAGACCCGACUUUGUGCAUACUCUAAGAGGAUGGUGGAGCAGAAGCCUGGUAAUAUUUUGUAUGGAACACACGGCCCCCUACCUCCACUGUACAGCGUCAACCUGUCUCAGCUCUCCAUCCAGCUUGCCAGCAUGUACCCAGAGCUCACACUGCCUCUGUUCUCAGAGGUGAGCCAGCGUUUCCCCACUACACAUCCCAAUGGCAGACAGAUCAUGCUGUCCUACCUGCUCCCCUGGCUUAGUAACAUUGAGCUGGUGGACACGGGGCUCCUGCCCCCGGUUUCAAGCCCCUGCACGCCUGAGGAAGAAUCACGCAGUCAGACGCAGGGCAUGAUCCCCAGCCUGAGAGGGAGUGGCUGGGGGUCCUUGCAGGCGACCUCGCUGGUGCUCAACAACCUCAUGUUCAUGACAGCUAAGUAUGGAGACGAGGUUCCUGGACCUGAGAUAGAGAAUGCCUGGAAUGCUCUGGUGUCCAACGAGAGGUGGAGCAACAACCUGCGAAUCACUCUGCAGUUCCUUAUCAGUCUGUGUGGCGUCAGCAGCGACACAACAUUGUUACCUUAUAUUAAAAAGGUGGUGAUCUACUUGUGUCGAAACAACACCAUUCAGACCAUGGAAGAGCUUCUGUUUGAGCUGCAGCAGACCGAUCCAGUCAAUCCUGUAGUUUUGCACUGUGACAAUCCUCCCUUCUAUCGCUUUGCUGCUAGCAGCAAAGCCUCAACAUCACAGACAGGCACCACUUCCAGCAGCAACACUGUUGUGGCCGGUCAGGAGAACCUAACAGACAUAGAUGACAAUAAGGUGGUCAGAGAGAAUGAGGAGCGCAGGGCGAGGGCUCACAAUAGGCUGGAGUCACGCUACAGCAACAGCUCUGGAGGCUCCUACGAGGAUGAAAAGACAGACCCUCUGCCGCCCUACGCUGGAUGGCUGCUAGGUGUUUUGGAGACCAGUCGUCCUCAGCCGUUACCCAUGCCUGUUAACGGAGGCUGCUGGGCCCCUCUGGUUGACUAUCUUCCAGAGACCAUCACUCCCAGAGGGCCUUUGCAUAGGUGCAAUAUUGCUGUCAUCUUUAUGACUGAGAUGGUUGUGGACCACAGCGUGAGAGAAGACUGGGCUUUACACCUCCCCCUGUUACUUCAUGCCCUCUUCUUAGGUCUUGACCACUACAGACCAGAGGUCUAUGAACACAGCAAGCGUCUCCUUCUUCACCUCCUUAUUGCUCUCUCUUGCAACAACAACUUCCAGGUAAUAGCAUCAGUGCUGAUGCUGACAAGGGAAAUCACUGACAAUAAGACCCUUACCAUUAAGUCCAGCUACCACUCAGAGUAUCAGCAGUCACAAGCCCCUGACUUCCUGCGAGAGUGGCAGGCAUCUCCUGUGGCGGACUCGGGACUCAGUUCCACCUCCAACUCAUCCUCUGCCAGUCUGGGUGGUGGGAGCACUGGAGGCAGCGUUGGAAACUUGCCCCUCGUGACCCCUGAUGACCUAGAAGACCUGGAAGAUGCACCCAGUGAGACGGACGAGAAGACAAAUAAGCUCAUUGAGUUCCUCUCCACCAGUGCCUGGAGUACUGUGUUGUUCUUGCUCAGAGCUUUUGGGCCAUUGUGGGCGCAUGAGGACAUCACCCCAAAGAACCCCAACUUGAAGAGCACAGAGCAGCUUUCCAACUUCCUACGACAUGUUGUCUCUGUCUUCAAGGAGUCCAAGUCCGACUUCCACCUGGAGCAGCAGCUGAGUGAUGUGGCGUUACAGACCGCUCUGUGCAGCUCCUCACGUCACUACGCUGGGCGCUCCUUCCAGAUUUUCAGGGCCCUCAAACAGCCAAUCAAUAACCACGCCGUCUCUGACCUGGUCUCACGCCUUGUCGAGGUAGUGGGAGAGCAUGGGGACGAGGUGCAGGGCUAUGUGAUGGAGGUCCUGUUGACCCUGGAGGCUGUGGUGGUGAACCUAGCAGAAUGUCUGAAGAACAGUGACCUUUUGGCAGCUCUCACAAGGACAUCCUCACCAGACUUUGUUACUAGUGACAAACUGAUGAACAGGAAGAGCACAGGUCAGCUGAACUUCCCCGGCCCUGGCUUCGCUGGGCUGUCAUCACAACGCCACCAGCGCUCCUAUUCUGUCCCCAAGAAAUUCGGGGAGUGUGGUAACCCGUCGAGCGAUCCUCCGCGCAGUGCAACUUUGGAUCGUUUACAGGCCUGCAACAGUCAUGGUCUGUUGUCCCGAGUAGCGAGAACCCCAGGCUCCUGCACUUCUUCGACUAAUCGUAUUGAUCCUAGUGCACUGACGGAUCCUUCACACGUUUCCCAUCCUUCAUCGAUCCUGGCCACAGUCUUCUGGGUAGCUGUGUCACUCAUGGAGUCAGACUUUGAGUUUGAAUACCAGAUGUCUCUUCGACUUGUUCACAAGCUGCUGUCAAAGGUUCCUUUAGACAGAGCGGAAAACCGUGAGCGACUGGAGAAGCUGCAGGCUCAGUUGAGAUGGAGUGGGUUUUCUGGCAUUCAGCAGCUUUUGUUGAAAGGUUUCACCUCCCAGACAACAUUUGACCUAACGUUACAACUAUUCUGCCAACUUACGCCGGUCUCACGAGUCCCUGUUGUUGAUAGCUCACAGUCUGUAGGUUUUCCUCUAAAUGUGUUGUGUCUGCUGCCUCACCUCGUGCAGAACUUUAGCCAUCCAACACAGUUUUGUAAGGAGAGCGCUGAGAGGAUUGCACAGGUGUGUCUAGAGGAGAAGAACACAAAGCUGUCCCACCUGGCACAUGUGAUGACUCUCUAUAAGACCAGAUCCUACACUCGGGACCCUUUCUCCUGGGUCAGUGUCGUCUGCCGCUACCUCCACGAGGCUUUCUCCGAUAUUACGCUCAACAUGGUCACCUAUAUGGCUGAGCUGCUGGAUAAGGGCAUUCCCAGCAUGCAGCUGCCUCUCCUUCAGAUCAUCUACUGUCUGCUCAGUCACAUGGACCUGACAGCUGUGCAAGUCAAACAGUUCAAUGGUGAUGUCAUGAAGACAGUCGAAAAGUUUGUCCAUACCGUACACUGGAAGGAUGCUUUGAACAUCUUAAAGCUGGUGGUAUCACGUUCUGCCAGUCUAGUACAUCCAUCAUACAUCCACACACAGGGAGAUCUUUCCAACCUUGAGGUCAGCAGAGUGUGGGACGGUUCAGCCAAGGCUCUGCCAGGAAAAACUCUGGAUUUCACGUUUGACAUCUCUGAGACACCAGUUAUCGGGCGUCGCUUUGAUGGGCUCCAGGGCUCAGGGGGCAGGGAGGGUAAGGCCAGAGCUAUGGCUGUAACACGAAGUACCUCCUCCACCUCCUCUGGAUCAAAUUCCAAUACCAUCCUGGUGCCUGUCAGCUGGAGGCGUCCACAAUCAUCUCAGAAAAGAACCAGAGAGAAGCUGGUGAAUGUCUUGUCUCUGUGUGGACAAGAAGUGGGACUCACCAAGAACCCAUCCGUGAUUUUCUCGUCCUGUGGCGACUUGGACAUGAUGGAGGUGCGGGAGAGCGGGGUUUCAUCAGAGGAGGGUGGCACCAGAGAGGACACGCUGGAUGACACUGCCAGUGAGCAGCAGUUCAGAGUUUUCAGGGACUUUGAUUUCCUGGAUGUGGAGCUGGAGGAUGGGGAGGAGCUCCAGGGCGAGACUGUUGACAACUUUAAUUGGGGCGUGCGACGGCGGUCUCUGGACAGCACCGAACUGGGAGACCUGUUGGAAGAGAGCCAACACUCAGGCAGCAACCCUAGUUUGGGUCACGAAGACCCCCAUGAUUCAGACGAAUCCUCAGAGGAAGAGGAGUCCUCAACUAGCCAGAGCCUUUCCCAUUCCCAGCUUACUAACCCUUCUCCAUCAGAAGAAACCAACCAUACUGAUUCUCUAUCUACUUCUUAUGAGAUAUCAGCUCACCCCCAGUCCUUGAGUGCAACAACCCCGGGCCAGGGAGUGCUCAGUGAUGAUCACGGUGGCCUACAUGUGAGGCCAUGUGGUGAGGAUGAGGACACUCAGGCUCAGGAUGAUGAAUUGUCACUGAGCGCUCAUGAGCUGCCUCACGGCUCAGACUGCGGUGAAAGCUUUACUCUGGAUUUACCAGGGCAACCUCAGGAUCAGCUUUUAAAUAUCGCCGGCGGUCUCAACCCAAACUACUGCCAGCCCCAGCUGGACUUUCUGACCGGCCUACGUGAUGAUGUAGAUGAUUUGGAGGACCUUGGGUUUCCGCCUCCCCCCUCUCCUUUUUUCUCCGCCAUCUUGGCAGCAUUCCAACCCACAGUGUGUGAUGAUGCUGAGGAGGCGUGGCGUUGUCAUGUCAGCCAGCUUGUGACAGAUUCUGACGGAUCCUGCGCUGUCUACACUUUUCAAGUCUUCUCUUCACUCUUUAAGAACAUUCAGGGGAAAUUUUGCACCUUGACAACUGAUGUCGCCACAUACCUUGGUGAGGGAUUACGGGGUAUUGGGUCAAAGUUUCUCAAGUCCUCCCAGAUGCUGACCACAUGCUCGGAUUGCCCAACAAUCUACAUUGACGCUGACACGAUUAUGUCCUACGGUCUCCUGGAAAAGAUGAAGUUCAGUGCACUAGAGCUGCAGGAGUACCUCGAUAUGUACAACAGCAGAGAGGAGGCUGCUGUAACGUGGCUGAGGAACUGUAAGGAUACAUUUCCUAGAUGUCCUGUUGAAAACGUGGUCACCUGCCAACCUGGAGACUCAGAAGAGAAGCAAAUGGAGUCUCUUGCACAACUGGAGCUUUGCCAGAGGCUCUAUAAGCUGCACUUCCAGCUCCUCUUACUGUUCCAGUCCUACUGCUCGCUCAUCGGUCAGGUUCACGCCAUCAGCUCCGUGCCUGAGCUGCUGAACAUGUCUCGAGAGCUCACGGAUCUGAAGAGCAGUCUGCAGGCAACAGAGGCGGCUGUAGCCAGCGACCUGGAGCACAAACACUUGGCCCACACCCACGCACAUGCCGCCCAGUUGGCAGCAAUGGUCGUCCCUGACUUCCCCACCUCUGAGGCAGCUGUGCAGGCCAUACUGGAGUGCCUUAGGAGCCACGAGUUCACCAAAGCUGUGCGCUACAUCCAGGAGUGCAGGCGGCAAUGGCCCAGCGGGGUUUUUGGCGGCAGUUCUGAGACCGAGGUUCAGACGCUGCUCAACAUCUACUUCCGUCAUCAAACCCUGGGCCAGACGGGCACGAUCGCUUUGGUGGGUUCCCGGCAGGACCUCAGCCUGAUCUGCUCCAAGCUGCUGGAGCUCAACGGCGAGAUCCGCGACAUGAUCCGCCGCGCCCAGGGUUACCGGGUUGUCACAACUUACCUCCCCGACUCAAGCGCCUCUGGGACAAGCCUCUGACAGGACCUCAGGGACCCCCAGCCCCCUUCUUCCCCUGCCCCAUACAUACAACCAUUGGAACCAACUCCACCUCAGACAUUUCAACCUGCUCUUACAGAGGAGGCUCAGCAUCCACACACAUGGCCGCUUCCUCCUCCGAUAUGUCUGCUUCCCCGGCUGCACAGCUUCAGACAGAGUCCUCACUGCCCGGCCCACCAACAGAACCAGAACCACAUUUAGAUGCUGACAUACUCCUGCCCCUGCUGUCCUCACUGUCAUCCACUGCAAACUCUGAUGUCUCUUUGCAUGAUAUCCCUAAACCAGGCCAACGAGAUUAUACGCUGCCGUGCACAAGACAGCCAAGGAGGACUUAUUUCAGUGAGACCACAAGCCUAUACUGUCCCUUUAGAGCUUAUUCAUCACACAGGUCUCCUCUGGCAGAUCAACACAUUGACAAACCAACAACAUCAUCAUUUCCACCCAACGUCCUCCCCACUGUAACCUCAGAGUCCAAUUCGCUCACUUGCUCUAAAUUAAAUAUUGUGUCUCAAGGCUCACAUCUUCCCCGUUUCCCCCGCUCUCCAUACAAACACCCAAGCAAACACGACUCGGCUUCAACCCAGUGCCACGCUCCAUCGUCGUCAUCAUCUCUUUCUCCUGCUCCACCCCUCCCUCCCUGCCCCACCGGCCCAGACGAGGCUGCAGCAUGGGGCUGCUGCUGCUCCCUCAGCGGGGGAGCAUCGCCCUUAUCUCGCUACCUGGGGAAGGUGGGGCAAGCCGCCCUGCCCCUGUUGAAAGUUGGGGAGCUCCUGAAUACUGAACCAUCGGAUGUCCAAACUUGAGACAAUGAAGGCCUGCACGUCAGAGGGCGUGGCACAUACUAUUUCUAAUCAAACAACAGAUCUUUGUAUCUGGAAAGGUGACGCACACGAAGAUCUUCCUCACCGAGGGUUAAAUCUCUAGUCUUACUGGAAACUACAGAUUGCUCCCUGCUGAAAACGAAGUCCUGAUUUUAUAUUUCAGAGCUGCAUAUUCUAAAAAUGUCGUUGCCGUUUUAUUCCUGCUUGAUCUGGACCUUUGAAGGCUUCUAGCUUGGAUUUGUUACUUGCCUCUCAGAGGAACUUGAUUGACUGUCGCUGCCUUCUUCUGGACGGUGGUGGUCUGGUGGUGGCAUCAUCAGAAGCAGCGUGGAAAAAAGCUGUGACACUCUGUAGCAUCACUGGAAAGGUUUCAUAUUUUGCACCAAAUGAGAUGUUUGUUAUUAGUCCUUUUUUUAAUGUUACAGAAAGACGAUUAUGUGACUAAGAGAAAAAGAUUAAAUUCUCUGAGAUGGAAAAGCCAAAUGCUGGAGGAAGCUGUGCAAUGCAUGAGCCCAAUUAUACUACUGUACCCCCCAGAAAAAAGCUCCACCUGGUACUGACUGAAGGACAGAUGCAGAUGUUUUAAGCUCAUUUUCUCCAGCUGCUCUUCAUCAGCGAAUCAGCUCUUCUUCUAACUACUGUUGCGAACACUGGCGGACGGUCUGUCCCAUUCUCUGUGCGUGGCAUGCACUCCUCUCUGGCUAGCUGUAGCACCAUUAGCGAGCGUGCAUACUGUAUUUCUCACUGUCGUGCUCCGUUACAUGUUGUGUCCUCUUGCCAGGAAGGUGGUGGAUGUACUGUACAUUCAAAUAUUUUGUCUGUCAGUAAGCUGUUAAUUAUCGUUAGAGUCGCACAGGUACGGUAGCAUAUGUUUGUGUGUGGUUUUGUAGUUGCACAUAAGGGAAAUGCUGACAUUCAGCACAUAUUGUUGAUGCAAAAACAAAAAACUGCUUACCAUCGUCAGCCAUCGUUUCCCUUUUACUGUACAAAUGUCUCGAUUCCUAUUUAUAUCCGAUCAGCAAGACGGGUCUCGUUUGACUUUUAUAUUGAUGUUUGUUCUCUCAGACCCAACUGCCAUGCAUGCAUCUACAUGGUUCUGUAUAGAGUGCUGGAAAUAUUUAUUACCCAAAAUCAUGUUUGAUCUGAAAGAUGUGAUUGUGUGAGGUACAUAAGGGAGCUUCAAGCUCAGGUGGGUGUUUUUUUGUUUUUGUUUUUUUUGUUUUUUUCUGCUUCCUGUGUGAGAGAACGUGUGUUUGCAUGCCAUACAAGGAGUUGCACAUUUUUAAAAGCUUUUUAGAUGAAGACAGUAGUUGUUUUUUUCACCAUGUAAAUACUUUUACAGCUUUUGUGAACUUGUUUUGAGUUGGAGCUCUGUAGAAAUUGUUGUCAAAGUAAAGACAUAUCAAAACCA